AUGCCAAACUACUAUCAGACAACAGAAGCCCUUCCGGACGGUACUAUUGAGGUUACCGACACACUGCCGAAACCCGACUACUACAAAAGUUUGCGCAGGACGAACAACCUGUCCAGCUCUCUGAACAACAGUCAGGUCAUCACUCCUGCGGCCGCCACGACAACUGCUGCAACGCCUGUUCCUUUUGGUUCGACCAUGAACCGCAGCAGUGUGAAUAACAUUGCCACCAACAACGGUACGCUGACAAGGUCAAAGUCCAUCUCGCGAUCACCCAGCUUCAAACCCUCCGGAAAGGAAGUGGAGUGCGGUGUCCUCAUGUUGGAUGGGGUGGAACAGAUCUUUACAAUUGACUCCACGUAA